AUGACUCCUGCAUGGUGGUCGAAGAAGAUGAACAAUUUGUUGAUGCUGCCCAAAAGCUAUUGAAUCAACUGUAUGGUAACUCAUGGCAGACGCCAGAUGUUAUUCGAACUCUAAAGCGUACAUCGGGCAGUCCUGAUAACACCCUUAAAAAAUCAAGUAUUAACAAGAAAUCUCCAUCGCCACGGAAACCUAAGGAGAAGCUACAGAAUGGUAACAUCGACAAGGAUAUGAGUAGUUUGAAGGUGACGGAUGUCAGUUCUCUGUGUGAUUUUAGCAUGUUUCGUAAAGAUAUUGUCAAAACAAAUUUGGAUUCAACCCGAUUGGUCACACCAAAAACGAAAGCAACCAAAAUAUCCAACAACAAUUGUCACACCGAACCAAGGAAUACAAAUCGCACCAAAUCUACAAUGAAAUCUCGUCCGGAACAGAUUUUCAAAGCUCCACAAACCGAAAUGAAAAAGCCGCCACCACGAACGCCAGCAAUGGCUAAAUUAACAGCAAAUCAAAUACGAUCACAAAAUGAAAGAUGGCGGCAGCUUAUCGAUGAUACAGAUUCGGAAUCGGAAGGCAAUAAUGCAUCUGAUGAUGAUGAUGCCGACAAAUCAGAUGAUGAGUCGUGGAAAGCUACCGAGUCAGAAGAUGAUAGUGAUUUUGAACCAUCGCCGGUUAAACCUAAAAAUAAAUCAAAAUGUACUACAACUAAUAAAAGGGACAAUAAGAAGACGACGACGAUGACAACAACAAAGAAAAAUUCACGUAAACCACACAAUUCUUCAAAGGAUGAAAGAAGUGACGAUGGUGGUGAGAAAUCCCAAAACAGUUUUGUGGAUGAUGACAGUGAUUUUGAAGUUCCUAAACGGAAGGACACAAGGACAAGAAAUGCAGUCGGUGGUAAUAAUAAAAAAUCCACUACAGCAAAUAAGAACACUGCAAAAAAAUAUGAAAUUGUAUCUGAUGGCAGCGAUGAUGCCGAUGACGUUUCAAAUUCGGAUAGUGACUUUGAUUCCAAAAACCAACGAAAUAAAAAUAAUAAAAGCAAAGUUCUUAAAACGAAGAAAAACACAGCCAAGGGCCAGAAGGAUGAUUUAGUUUAUCUAGACUUAUCUAAAGAAGAAGUUUCCAUCUUGGAAGAUGUGCCCCAGAGUCCACCGGCAAAUCACGAUGCCACUUUUGCUUCCCGUCUGAACGAUAUUCUUAAAACUUGUCGUCACGAAGAUAAACCAAAAUUACCCUCAUCCGCCCAAUCGACUAAAACUAAACGUAAACUAUUUACACCCAUGUUUGGUCAUGAUUUGGAGGGUGAUGAUAUUGCCUUGCCGGAGAUUGUCGAAAAGGAAAAUAAACGGAUUUUGGUCAAUGAAUCGGAAAGUAUAAUAUUGGACAAUGCCACCUGUCCAUUUGAUGCCCAAGGUAGACCUAAAAAAUUGGAUAUUUACAAUAAACAAUUGGAAUCGGUUAAGGUGGGCAAGCCAAUAUUCCAAUUGACACCAUCACCGAAAAAGACUGCGCCAACAACUCCCCUAAGGGAGAAGGUGAAUGAAACACCCAAUUCGAAAACUAAAUCUUCGACAAAAACAAAUGUUGGACGAAAAGGCGAUCCUAAAAAAUUGGAAGAUCUUAGUGGUACGCCAAAUUAUAAAUAUAGUUUUUUGAAAUCGUUGGAUGUCACGGUCAGCAAAGCAUUUUGCCAUCCUGAUGCUCUCAUUUAUCGUGAAAGCUAUCGCACCAAAAAGGAAGAUCUUGCCAAUAUUCUUUAUGAGUUAUAUAAUAAAAAAUUAUUUGGCAAUAGACUGGAUGUACCACUAACCUGGAAUAAGAAACUCUCAAACACUGCUGGACGAUGUUUGAAUAAGAAAAAGCUUGGUGUACGAUCCAGUGUUAUAGAAUUAAGUGAAAAAGUUCUGACCAGUGCCGAUCGUCUGCGUUGUACCCUCAUACAUGAAUUGUGUCACGCAGCCACAUGGAUUUUUAAUGGUGAAGGAGGUCAUGGCCGUACCUGGAAGGAAUGGGCUCAGCGGGCCAAUGCCACUUUUCCUGAAAUUCCUAAAAUUGGAGUAUGUCAUCAGUAUGACAUUGAAUAUAAAUAUACCUAUAAAUGUACCUUGUGUGGAGCAAAAUCACAUGCCCAUUCGAAAUCGAAAAAAGUUGAAAAUAUACGCUGUUCCUAUUGCCAUGGUGCCAUUGAGAUAUUUCUCAAUAAAAAAGACAAAGAAGGCAAUAUCAUCCCCACACCGGUUAAGGAGCCAACGGGAUUUGCUAAAUUUGUCAAGGACAAUUACAAGAAAUACAAACGAGAUGAUACGAAACAUGCUGAUGUUAUGAAAAUCCUAAGCAAUGAAUUUGCUGCUUUGAAAGUGAAUAAAAAUAGUAACUAA